AUGAACGGAAUUGUGGGUGGCGCAAUCUCGAUGAUGCAGGGUACGAUGUUGCUGUUGUCGAACGAUAGUGGCUAUAAUUCACCUUGUGGAGGCGUAGAAGCUUCAUCUUCGUUUGAAUCUCCGUGCUUCUUCAGCACUCGUGUGAAUUUGAAGCGUAAACUCUGCUUUGCUUCUCCGAGCACUUCCCCGGGAAAAGAAUCAUGUGGUUUGGAGGCUUCGCAGACGGUCUGCCCUCGUGCCCGAGAAAUCGCUCAGCGCCUGCUCCUUCAUUGUGACUCUUUUGAUAACGAGUUCACCAAUAUCGCAUUGGAAAAACAGGAAUGCGCCUGGAUUACGGCCACUUUCCGAUACCUCAGCUCCUGGCUAUGA